CAUCAUCGCCCUGCAGCCGAUCUUUUCGAAGAUGGCUCUCUCCUUUCUCUUACCCCUCCUAGCCUACGCCUCCUCUGCACGUGAGAUCACCUUUCCAUUGAUAUCUAGCUUCUCACAACAAUUUGUUUCUGCCCAGGGUGGUGUAGACAUUAGUACUGGAUCCGCAUUUGCAGGAUUAAUGACCUAUGCCAACCUCCCAUACGUACAUUGCUUGGCUGGAGAGGGCCAAGAGGUAGAAAGCUACGAUAUCGCAAUCAUUGGAGCUCCAUUUGACACUGGUGUCACAGCCCGACCAGGAGCCCGUUUCGGCCCGAGUGGAAUCCGCCGGGGAUCGCGGAGGAUUGCCCCUGAAGCUGCCUGGGACAUUUAUACUGGAGAAAACGUGUUCCUCGACUGGGCGAAAGUAAUUGAUUGCGGGGAUGCACCUUUAACAUUCCUCGACAAUACUGUUGCCUUGAAACAGCUUGAUGCGACCCACAAGAUCAUCUCGGGCCGUCGAGCGAAUUCCAGCGAAUUCCCGACACCGCGAAUCAUCAUGUUGGGUGGAGAUCAUACCACAACUCUUUCUGCUUUGAGGUCUACCUACCAACAUUGGGGGGAGGUUAGCGUAAUACAUUUCGAUAGCCAUCUAGAUACGUGGGAUCCAAUGGUGUUGGGUGGUGGCAUAUCGCACUAUGCAGGGGUUAAUCACGGCACAUUCUUACACAUCGCCCACGAGGAAGGCUUGAUUCGUAAUACGUCGGUACACGCUGGUAUUAGAGCCCCUAUGCUCCGGCCAAAAGGAGACCUAAGAAACGAUUUCAGAUGCGGAUUUGAAAUAAUAAAGGCGAGAGAGAUCGAUCGUGUAGGUGUGAAAGGCAUCAUUGAGGGCCUUAAGCGGAGGGUGGGUCAGUCUAAGGUCUACAUUAGCGUCGAUAUAGAUGUCCUCGACCCAGCGUUCGCACCAGCGACUGGGACUGCAGAAGUUGGGGGCUGGACGACACGUGAGUUGCUGUCGGUCCUAGAUGGCCUGAGCGGGAUGCAAAUCAUCGGGGCGGAUGUUGUCGAAGUCGCUCCAAUCUAUGACAAUCCUGGCGAGACAACCCUGCUUGCUGCAGCCGAAGUCGUUCAUUCGUUAGUGGCGCUCAUGGUGCAACGCCCUGUAGAGUGUACUCGUGCCGUGUAAUAUGCUAGCACCAGCCUGUUGUGUGGUAGGCUGUAAAAUUGUACAGACCAGCGUGUUGGUAAUUGGGAAAUUAUUCUCUAGUUGAAUGUAGACUACCG